AUGUCUUCUAAUAAUAACAAUGAUGACGAUUUGGAAGAACACCAUCACCCAUUAGAGGACAUUGGAGGUGCAACAACACUUUUGAAUCAUGAUUCACUAUCGCAACAACAUACCAAUGACGAUUCAGAAGAACAAGUGAGUGAUUCUCAUCCCAUCCUCAUGAAUAAUAACAACACGACGUCGACGAACACUUCCGAAACAACUCUACAACAACCACUUCAAGAUUCUUCGAUCAACAGCCGCACUGGCAUUAAUAAUGGAGGGGACAUUGCAUCUCUUCAGUUGGAUGGAAGAAAUAUUCUCGAGUUAUUGAAUCGAUUCAGAAAUAACUCUCAGUUAACAAUUGGAAGGUUGAACACACCAAAUAAUUCAACAACACCAACCACCAAUAACGAUCCCAACCAUAAUACACCUCAACAACAAAACAAUGCCAAUGCUAACCAACGAGCUAUACGGAUUAAUUUGCAUGAUCUAUCCUUGUUUAUAUUUAGAGUUCUACCAAUAAUUGUUUUACCGUUUAUGGUGCUCAUGUAUUGGCAUUUUAUAGGUGUGUUACUAUUUAUUUGGCUAACGACAACAAGUAUUAACAGCGAUAUUAGAAUUAAGGAACAAGUGGCACUCAAACAAGCUCGAAAGAUAAUUGUUUUGAUAUUUCAGGGAAUUCUAUUGCUACUUUCUAUUGGAGUUAUCUUCUUGUUCUUUUUUAAGGACAAAUUUUGGCAUUUAUUUUAUUUCACAAUUCCAGAGCUCUCUGACCAGAGAUCAGUGAUUGACACUUUUUGGGACUGUUUAUUCUAUGUAUUUUUGGUAGAUAGCAUUAUCAAACUUGCUGGUAUGAUUGUUAAGACGAUAAUCGUUUUGACACUCCCACCCAUGUUAAAACAAAUUCAUAUUGGAAGGAUUUUGGCUACGUUUGAAGUUCUUUUUCAAUUAUACAGAAUUGCAUUACCGCCCAACGUUUGGAUUAGAUAUUUAUUGAACAGCUACCAUCAAGUAUUUGCAAUUAUUGCAAUUGUUAUUUAUGCUGGAUUCAAACUUGGUUCGUUGCUGACUCUGCUUUUCGAAUUAUUUAUCUCAUUCAAGAGUUUAUUUUCACCAACAUGUCCCUAUGGAAAAAGAUUAUCUUCAAGCGAAGUUUUAGAACUUGGUGAGCAUCAUGAGUGCAGUAUUUGCCUUCAAAACUACGAGAGACCAGUAAGACUACAAUGUCAACAUGUUUAUUGUGAGCAGUGCAUUACAGAGUGGGUUCAAACAGGAAAUCAAACAUGUCCUGUGUGUAGGGCUCCGGUUUCACAGGGAGGUUUGCCCAUUUCAUCUAGAUAUGAAAAAGGUGGUACGGCCUUAUUUUGUUUUAUUUAA